UUCAGCCAGUCGACGGGCUGGGCGUUCUGUUAGCGUGCGUGGAUUUCAGUUGCAGCAGAUCAGCGGAAGACAAGACGGGUUCAAUGUGCGCUCGCGGAGGAAUAAUGUAUAGAAGAAUAUCUCGCUGGAGUAAUAAAUAGGAUUUGACCCAUUCAAUGACACACUUCAAGGAAUUCAACAUAACGAAAACAUGUGAAUUGUAUGCAGCUCUCGUGGUUGGCCUAUAAUCGAUCUGGGUUCGAUGAUUCUUAUGACCAUCUGCUUCGCAAUUAUCGUAGGAUUUAGGAAUAAACCACCAAAACUUAAAACAAUGAGAAUUGUGAGAUGUGGUUGUAACCCCUGGUGCAUUGAAACUCACCUGGAAUGCCCUUUGAACUCCGAGGUUUGGAAUUCUUUCUUAAUUCUAAGCUGUCUAAGUGCUCUGAUGCCUGUGGCUGACAGUCAUAAAAUACAGGCUCUGAUAGACCUCAAGAAUGCUCUAAACCAGACAAGAGCUGCAUUUGAAAGGUCCGAUGCCAGCUUGUAUGCACCAAAUAUUGAAAGUAUCAAUAAAUGUACAAAUAAGUUUUUCGACUGCUAUUUGUUGGAGAUGAACGUUGUUCUGCAUGAGGAAAAGGUCACAGGUAUAAACAUGGAAAAAGUGGAGGCAACUUUUGAGGAAUAUAAAGAACGUAACUGCUCAUCUAUACAUCCAUGUGAAGCAGAAGAGCUCACAACCUCUGUUGUGUUUUAUGAAAGGAUGAAAACUUUUCUUGAAAAAUUGACUGUUCUUUGCCAGGAUAAACCUAGUGAAUCUUCGUGUGAUUAGAAGGAUUCUUCAUGUCAAAUAAGCUUAUUUAUCUUCUAUUAUAUAAAUUAUACUAACAACUUUUUUAUCCAUAUUUAUAUGUAACACUUCCCAAACCUAUCUCAGGCUAAAGAGUGUCAUUUUGUAAAGGUUGUAAUAAUUAUAUAUUUUUGUAACAAAUUAAUGUCUAAUUGUAAAUAUUUCUGACUGUACAGAAUUUAUGGUGAAAAAAUAUGAAAUACUGUUUAAAGUUCUUUGUACAGAUGGGAGCAGAAGGUGCUGUUAUAUAUCCAUAUACUGCUGUUUUUUUACAGUCUUGUUACAUUAAACAUAUUUAACAAAGCAAA